UUUGCAUUGAAAUGAAAUGAUGUCGGAGAUGUAUUGUAACACCUAUUCUCGAGUCAACAUCAGCAUUCAGACUACAAGACUUCUUUUAGUUUAAUAGCCUUCCUCACUCAUCCUAGCCUCCAACUGCACCACCAACACCACCAGCACCACUUGUGUCCCACCAAACCCCUCGACCGAUCAGAUAAAUCAUCAUCAUCUCAGAAUGCAUUCCUCACCAGCCCUCCGCGGCCUUCUCAAACGCUCAUCCUACUAUGAUUCCGACUACCGACAAUCCGCGGCGUUGAUCCGAGCCCGACGACCUUUUCUCUUCCGUAACAUUUUAACCGGUACUGGAAUCGCCAUGUUUGCCGUUGGAGUUUUCGUAUUCACACUCAAAGCCGUUGGACAAGAUAAAUUUGAAGAUGUCGUCGUACCUGAUGCGCCGCAGCAGAGUCAGAGUCAGAGUCAGAGUUAGGCGGGGGUGGUGAAGACGUCGUAGGGGGGGAAGCAAACAGAAGGGGAUCGAUCUUACAAAAGAGCUCGGGGGAAUGAUUGAUUGCGGGAGGAAGGGAGGGAACAGAAGGGGAAGAGGUGGAAAACAGAAAUGAAGAGAGGUUGUGGGUGCGGGUGUGAUGGUACACCCCUACCUCAUCGGACAAGGAGAGGAGAGGCGAGGCUCGCUAUGGAGAGAACGAACUCAAUGCCCGUUGAUUUCCCGCGCCCGCCUGCUUUCUGCGCUCGUUCGUUUGUCCGGGAGAUGUGGCUCCUACCUCGAUUUCGACCCAUCCACACACAUCCCUCCCUACCUACCAUCUCUCAGUCGAUAGAUGGACCGGAAGUCGGAGUUACCAUACGCUCUCCUCUCAAUUCCACCCACCAAACCAUAUCACAGCACCUCAAAAGUCGACUUACCCUACCCUACCCUACCCUACCCUACCC